AUGAAGGAAUCUGAAGAAAGCAGUGUUUUUGAGAGGGCUGCCUAUAGGACGAUGGCUAUGGGAGUGACCCUAACACCCCCACAGGAAAAGUACUCCAACCUCACUCUCCUUCCACCUUUGAUCUACAUUUGCUGUAAAUGCCUCCAAGAAAAGAGGCAAGAGAAGACAUCCUUGUCUUUACUAGUAGUUACAAAAGCUGUGCUCCCUUGCCCUCCUGUGCUGUGGACAAGUGUACUGCUAGCAACAUGGGAAAUAGUCCUCAGAGACAAGCCACCCUGCUUCAGAGCCUUUAGGCAUGAUACAAAUCAGACCAUAGGAGGAAACUGUACUGACAAGAAAAUAACCUGGGCCUCCAGACCUGACAAGAAUCUUGCCCUUCAGAUCGAUCCAGUGGUCAUCACUCGUGAUGGGACUUACACGUGUCAAAUAGUAACAAGUGAUGGGAAUUUCCAUCAUGAGUAUCACCUCCAAGUGUUAGGUAAGGAACAUCAUAUAUUGAUGGCCCCUGAGGUGUCCCUGGUUCCAAUUGAAAAGGGAACUGCAGUGUGCAAGGAAGUUUCAGAGAAGCUUGCUGCACAGAUCUUCUGGACCUCAGAGGGAGAUUGUGUCACUGAGCAAGAACCUUACUGGGGCAAUGGCACAGUGACCGUUCAGAGUACAUCCUGGCAGGGCUGACAUGUGCUUGCUCUGUCCUGCUUUGUCUCCCACUUGACUGGCAUCAAGAGUCUGUCCAUGCAACCACUAAAAAUUAUAAAUAUGUAA